AAGCCGCGGCGCUCAGCCGAACAGACUGCUGCACUCAAACAUGGCGCUGCACUGUGGAAAAACAUGCCGACGGUAUUUACUGCAUUUAGCACACGACAAUGUGGACUUCAGAUUACCGGAAUUAAAAGCAUUGCUGGCACUUAGGGGUCGACAGUGUGAUCCAUCAGAGACCUUCAGCGAAAAGUCUCCGUUUUGGCGGCUACAUGGCCUCUCAGAGGAAGAUGUGCAGAGUGUCAUGUCAAGAACGGUCUGCGCCAAGUCUGUGUUUGAACUUUGGGGACAUGGGAGAACGGCUGCAGAGCUGAAGUCAUCGCUGUUGGAGUAUCCCACAGAGAAGAUGACUCCUUUUCUACAAGAAGAAUCAACAUACAAGAUUAAUGUCUACACUUUCAAUAAGACAUUGUUGUUCAAGGACAGAAUAGAGAAGAUAGACGCUUUGGGUUACCUGCCUUUUAAGGGGAGAGUAAGUCUGAAGGAUCCCGAUCACAUUUUUUGUUUAUUAGAAGACUAUGGACUAGAUCCUAAUGACAUCCCAGAGGAGCCAUUCCAUAUAUAUUUUGGGAGAUGGAUUGCAGAUGGGCAAAGGGAACUGAUCCGCUCUCACAGUGUGAAGAAGAGGCAUUUCAUUGGGAACACCAGUAUGGAUGCAGGUCUUUCUUUCAUAAUGGCCAACCAUGCCAAAGUAAAGGCUCAUGAUCUGGUCUAUGAUCCUUUUGUGGGAACAGGUAGCCUUUUGGUGGCAUGCUCUCACUUUGGGGCUUACGUGUGUGGGACAGACAUUGAUUACAACACCAUCCAUGGAGUAGGAAAGGCUAGCAGGAAGAAUCAGAAGUGGCGGGGUCCGGAUGAGAAUAUCAGAGCAAACCUGCGUCAGUAUGGGACAGAGGGCUUGUAUGUGGAUGUCAUGGUGUCUGAUGCCUCUAAGCCUGUAUGGAGGAAUGGAGCACUGUUCGAUGCCAUAAUCACAGACCCUCCUUAUGGCAUUCGUGAAUCAACAAGGAGAACAGGUUCUCACAAAGAGAUCAUGAGUCCUCCUGAAGACUUUUCUGGUGAGAGUCAUGUCCCUGUUUCCAUGGCGUACCAUCUAAGUGACAUCUUUGCUGACCUGUUAAAUUUUGCAGCGCAUCACUUGGUCAUGGGUGGACGGCUGGUUUACUGGCUUCCUAUUUAUAGACCAGACUCCACAGACACACUCCGUUGCUUUAUGAUGAGACAGCAUAUGGACAUACAGAAUUGCAUGUUUUGUUGAAUAUAGAUCACUAGGGGGCAGUCUGACACUUCGUGACAGUUGUAAAUUGCAUCAGUGUCAGUAGUAUGAGCCACUCAUUCUAAGUUGGGUGCUGGACUUGCUGAGGCCUGCUGGCUUGAGAGCAGGUGGAAAAAAGGGACAUUCCGCUCAGCUUCUGCAGUUGCUGACUACACACGGUCCUGUCCAUGCAGCCUGCAGUCUGAAACCCACUGAUUACAGGGCUGGUGAGGCCCCACAGCCUGUGAUCUGAUAUACAGUCAGCACUUACCUCAUCUGUCAUAUACAAACCAACACCAGGCUUGCUGAUUCAAACAGUAAUACUUUCAGCCUGCUCUGUAUUAUUUAAAUACUUACCUGUUGUAUGGGGUGAAUAUAUCCCAGGAAUGAAUAUAUGUAGCUGUGAAAAAGUCUUAUUUAAAGCCAUUUAUUU